CAUAAAAUGGCACGCUUAGAAAUGCAUAACUCCAUGAAUGGUGCAGCAAGAAUCUCUUUCUCUAACGAGUUUGUGGAAAUCAGAUCGGAGAAGAGUAAUGCUAAGAGCAAUAACAUUGUUAACUCCAGAAGCUCCCUCUCCAUGCACUCUGCUGAUUUUGCUUUCUCAGUCACCGAUUACGCAAUGAUUCCCGCCGAUGAAAUCUUCCUCAAAGGAAAGAUCUUACCUCUCAAGGAGACUAGUCACGUCCAUAGGACACUAAAAGAAGAGCUUCUCGUUGAAGAAGAGGGUUCUGUUAUCGAUCGCAACAUCUUUUCCCUGAGGCCACUAUCAUUGCCUUCUUCAUCUUUUUCUACAAAGGGCACGUGGAGGGAGCUGUUGGGCCUUAAGAGGACUCAUGUUAGAUCUAAGAUCACUGAUAAAGUCAAUGAAGCAGAUAUUUUUUCACUCAGUCAAGAUCACAAAACAAUCUCAGGAAUUGUUGCGAUGAAGGAAUAAGGAGUGUCAAGUUGCAGAUAACAUGAUGAACGAAUUGUAGAGCUAUCACACUGGUUUCUGUAAAUUAAUUUAGAUUAUUUUAUGAUAAUCUAGAUUUGACUGUGUAUUUACAUGUUCUUUGGGAAAAGAUGGUUCCAACAACUCUUUUUGGUU